UCAAAAUGUAAUUGCAGCAGGACACUGCUGUUGGUUUCAUGAAUAUGCUUUGCAAUGGGGAGCAGUAAAGGUGAAAAAAUAGUCCCUGACACUGAUGCUGUUUUUGUAUAUGCACACUUAUUAAUUUAUAACACUUUAGAGCAUGGACCACGUGAUAUGGCAACCCUUGUUUAUUGCUGCAGCAUAGACAUUAUGACUAUUUUGUGUGUCGCAUCUCUGAAUGUAACCUUUAAUUCCGACUACUUAUUCUGAUCAUAUUUUACACAUUUAAAGAAUAUAUAUAAUCAAAAUAAUUCGUUACACUCCAGCGUCGUUUAAGUAAAACCGGCCAGCAAGUUUUUAAGUCAAACCGUCUUUUUCUUCAAGCAGGUGGUUAUCUAAUGUCAAGUUGUUUCUUACAUAAUGUAAUUUCCAUGUCACAGUCAGGGGCACUCAUAAAUUGUACACUAUACAACACGGAGAGUUAAUUUUCACCACUUUUUACAAACUAAACUUUCAACCACCAAAGGUACUUGUACGCAUGCGCAGAGCGAAUACGACCCCAAGGCUUAAAGUCUGUUUUACGGCAGUGUGAUGCCCCUGUUGUUGCCAUGGUACCGCCUAACAGUCAGUUACACAUUCAAUUAUAAGGAAGCUUACGAAAGAAUGUUUUGUUAUUUAAGUAAUCAUUUGCAAUUGAUUGUGUUGAUAUUGUCCCGCUGGUAUGAUAUGUCGUGAAUAACGAUAGUUAUGCGGUUGAUGCGAUGAUUAGCCAGUUAGAGCCGCCAUCUUUAGCGUUUUGAAGUCCCUCUUCUAAAUCGACUGACCCCGACUCCUCAAUACAAGCUGAUAAUGACUGUGGUAUAAUCACCGUAUUGCACCGUAACCUGACUACUUCAGCCGUAUCACUCCGCUUUGUUUACAUGGCCAAGUCCUACCGCCUGGGCUCGCUUCAUUUCACGUUUAUCACAAAGCAGAUCUGAUGGAGCUAACAGCUAACAUUGUGAAUGCACGCCAGGGGGAUUCUUGUGAAAAUCUGGAUUCGUUUGAACCUGUUGUGAGAACUAAGCAGGAGCUAAAUCUGAAAGAAGAGGAUGAGUCACAAGAAGAGGAAGAGUGUGAGGUAAAUGCCUCUGACAUUUUUAGACAUGCACUGGUAUCAGACUUGGAACUAGAUGAACUUGAGGACAGCAGGACUGAAAUAAGUAAGGUUACAAAGAAGCAGACAGCAUGGGCUGUGAAUUGCUUCAUCGGCUGGUUGAAGUCCCAGGGGCUCCAGGCGGACCUGACCACAGUGAACAAAACUGAACUGAAUGGGCUGCUGAGACACUUCUAUGGAUCUGUGCGAAACAGCAAAGGAGAGCUGUAUGGGAUUGCUAGUUACGUUGCACUUAGAGCUGGACUUAACCGUUACUUCAAAGAGCCUCCUGUCAGCCGCUCUCUGUGCUUGAUGAGAGAUGCUGAGUUCACCUCGGCCAACAAGGUAUUCUUGGGAUUGCUCAAAAGAAUCAGGAAGUCCGGUCGAGACGUUACAUCGCACCAUCAGGCACUGUCCCCUGAUGACAUCCGCAUCCUCAGACACUCGCGUGUGAUGGACACCAGCACUGCAAGGGGACUUCUGAACAAAGUCUGGUUUGAUAUACAGGUGCAUUUUGGCCGCAGAGGGAAGCAGGCCAACAGGAACCUAAAGCCGGAUUCAUUUGUGAUCAGAAAAGAUGAGAAGGGACUGAGAUACUGCACUUUAUCCUUUGUCGACGAGGCAAAGAUCCUUAACGAGAAGGACAGAUGCUCUAUGUUUGAGAAGCCAGGAAGUGAAUUCUGUCCAAUUACUUCUCUUUUAAAGUACCUCAGCAAGCUCCCAUCCAACGCAACUGCCCUUUUCUUGCAGCCUAAGAAGGAGCUAACAGAUGAAAUGUGGUACAGCCACGUCCCCCUCGGAGUCAAUUAUCUGGGCUCAAUGCUGUCUCGCAUGUGUAAAGAAGCUGGCACAUCAGUCAUCUACACCAAUCACUGCAUCAGAAGCACGCCCUGUUAUCAACUGUGUGCAGGAUUGGAGGGGAGAGAAAUUAUCCCUGUCAGUGUGUGCAGGUCUGAAAGCUCCCUCCAAACUCACAAGAUACCAUCCCUCGGGAGCCACAAGCAGCGGACUGAGAUAUUGACAGAGAGCGAGUCAGCCGGCCCAGCAGGUCUGGAUUUAAACCAUGAUGAAUUAUUCGAGGAUGUUCCAUUCCUCCAGACCGCCUCAAACCAGAACUAUGUCCCAGAUGCUGUGUUGCCUCCUGGAGAGCCGUGGCUCCACGGUGGCCCCUCCCGGGCGGUGCUGUCCCUGCCUUCCUGCCUGUGCCUGUGUAGGGACCUUGGGUCUGGGAUAUCUGGUCCUGGAUCUUCUGGCGAAGAGCAGGUGGACGAGCUGAAGGUUUACGCCAAGUGUCACCUUCAGCAGGGAGUCAUGUUUGGGCCAUUUGCAGGAGAAGUGUGCAAAGGACAAAUGCCAACCAACCUCAAAUACGUCUGGGCUAUCAGGGAUGAUGCAGCUUUUGUCUACAUCGAUGGUUCUGAUGAAAACAAAUCUAACUGGAUGAGGUAUGUAACAUAUACCAGCAAUGAGGAGGAACAAAACCUGGUUAUCUUCCAGUUCUACCGUCACAUCUACUACAAGGUUUCCCAGCCCAUCGCAGAGGGAGCAGAGCUCAAGGUCUGGAUCGGCAAAGAUUACGCCGCCUUGCUGGGUCUGGGGAUGGGUGACAAUGUGAAAUGUGAAGCUGGCGACAAAGAGUCGGUUCUGCGCCUCCUGCAGGACGUCCAGUUGGUCACACUCCCAGAGCCCAGCAGCUCCUCCCUUUGGUCAGACCACAGUCAGUCACAGAGCCCCAUGCCUGUGAUCAGCGACGUGAUGACCGUGUCAAACCCAGACGCAGCUAUUGAUUCAGGCAUGACUUCAGCCUCUGCCGUCCCCUCUUCCUCCCUGAUUUCCUUCCCGUCCCCCAGCUCUCAGGCAUUUGAGAAAUAUGAUUUUAUCCCUGGAACUGAGAAACUGCUGAGUAACCCGAACGCCACACAGAGCAGCCCAUGGUACUUUUUUGGGUUCGAGCCGGACCCGACCGGUCGGCCUCUGGACAGGAGCUCUGUGGUGUGUAAGCUGUGUGGGGAACACGUGGCCUGUGGAGGAGGAGCAGCAGAUCUCCAGAACCAUCUGACCAACAAGCACCACAUCAGACCUCGUGACAUUAACAAGGACCGCUGUCUCCUGACAAUGGGUCAACAACACUUUCAGCCGGUGAUGGUUAACAGCAGUACACUCCCCCUGAUUUUGUCUGUUAAUGUGACUGACGCCAUCACCAACUUUCUCAUCAUGGAUCUCCAGCCCCCAGCUCUGGUAGAAGGGGAAGGAUUCAAACAGCUGAUCAACACCCUCCUCCCCUCCUACAAGGAGCUGCCUUCACCGUGUCAGCUCGAGAACCUCCUGAAAGAACACCAUAUCAAGGGCAAAACAAGCCUGGCUCAGCUGCUGAGGAGGAAAAUGGGAAGCGGGGAAAAUGAGGAGCUGUCCGACUACACCGCUCCCAUCGAGUUUGAGCCCAGGAGACGUGGGCGACCUCCCAGCCAUCGGAGGGAAGUUCCUCACUUUGUCACUUUAAGUGUGGAUGUUUGGUUCCACAACUGGCAGGGCAACAGUGAGAGGUACCUCACCCUCUGGGCACAUUACAUCGACUGUAACUUUCAUUUUCAGAACCUGGCCCUGGCAACCCAAAGACUGACAGAGAGCGGGGUGAGAGACUGCAGCCUGGGAGCAGUAGAGGCUCAAGUUAAAUCGAUGGCCCAGGAGUGGGGAAUCUCACAGCCUAAUACGGUCUUGCUGGGAGGGGAGGGAAGGAACAAGAUGAGGCCGGGUCCACUGAAGAGGAAGAAAGCUGGAGAGGCUGCGGGAAGCAGUCCUCACCCGAACUCAACGACAUUUCUUGAGAGGGACGACUCUGUGUCACCCGAGGAACUCCGUGGCUGGGCGCAUGGCUUUUCUAACGAAGGACUACCAUCUGUGCCAUGCUUCUUCAGCUCAGUGCAAGGCUGCAUUGAGGAAGUGAUGGCGCAUGCCGUCAUCUCCAAGACCCUCAGCCAGUUCCAGGGUAUUGUCUCAACCCUGUUCUUGCCACCUGCUUUAAGCAAAGGUUUGUAUCAGCACCACGGACAGAGUCUGUUGCAGACCCUGACAAAACAAGAACAGGCGGAGCUGAAGUCAUGGACGCACAGCCGGCCGUCAUGGAAUAAGCUGUACUCUCUACUGAGCAUGCUCAUCAAACAUAAAAGCCUUUUCUGUGAUAUGAUUAGAGAAAUUAAAGUUGAGGGCUUUUCUAAAGAAGACACUUCUUCAGAAUCCAGUUCAUCUGGCAGCUGUCACGCGAACUCCACCUCCAACACAUCCUCAACAAGCGUUCUGACUUUGCGAUCUGAAUGGAAGGUUCUGGAGGAGCUGUGUUUGGUCCUCAGACCUCUGGACGUGGCAUGUCGAACUCUCGCCAAGGAGGCGUUCCCUCGUCUGUCCCUCAUCAAACCCAUUCUCACCGGCCUGCUCUCCCGCCACCUCGUGUCACGGCCGGGGGAUUCGUCAUCCAUCCUGAAGGAAGUGAAGAGGAUGAUGAGGCGGAACUUGGCAAGCUGUUACAACCACCCCGUUGUCAACAGGGUUCUGUGCGUUGCAUGCUCCCUCGACCCCCAGUUUCAUGGGCUGGGGUUCAUGGAGGAAAAGGAGCAGACAGCCACUUUUGAUUGGCUGAAGAAGGAGGCUGUCAGGAUUGUGAAGGAGGACAGGAGGAGGAGUCAAGGAAAAAAGCAAAGCCAGAGCAAGAGAAGCCCCUCGCCGGGUUCACCAGAGUCUGAGAGUGACUUCCUGCGGAGGAGCAAGCGCCUCAGAGAAUCCCGCCCAAUCAACUUUAGAGAGGUGGAGUAUGAGGAUGACGAGAGUGAUGUGGGAGAGGCUGAUGAGAGCGAGUUGGCAGAUCCUGGCUCUCAGGGCAGCCUCUCUGGUAUGGAGUUCCUUCUGGGAGACCUGUUCUGCUCUGCGCCAAGGAGCAGGCAGAGCUCCGUGGAGGAGUCUAUAGAUAUGGAGAUGUCGGUCUUCAGAGCCGACAAGGGGACUUCUCUGGGAGUGGAGCCCCUGCAGUGGUGGAGGACGAAGGCAGUUCAGUUUCCACUGUUGGCCACAGUGGCCCGGGCCUACCUGGCUGCCCCGGCAGUGGCGGGUAACGCUGCACAGGACUUUGUGCAGGAAGGCACAGGAGGCUCAUGCAGGAAGAGAGCCAACAUUCCUCCAGAAAGUUUGGACUCAAUCUUGUUUCUGCACCACAACCACAUUCCCACCACUGAGGGCGGGCAAACAGCAGUUAAGAAUGACGACAAGAACACUGGGACUGAGAAAGUCCCAUAAACACUCAAAAAACAUUCAUACAUUUUUCACAAGUCCUGAAUUUAACCCUCUCAGCUACAUGCACACAGCUGAGAGGGUGAGCACACCUCAUCCAAAAUUCAGUGCGUUCCAAACCUUUAACCACAGUCCUGACACAAAAUUAGCCUGCUGGAUAAAUAGAGGGGCUGCACAAUAUCCCCACCUCGACACAGACAGGUGCUUUUGGACAAAGUACAAAGUUGGCACAUGUUUCUAGUUGAGACAAAGGAUAAAGACAGAAAAUCACUUUUGUACUGUGUGUGCUGUAGCUUAGACUGUUACAUUUAACUUUGUUGUGUGUAUUAAGUACCACGUAGUGCCGAGUGCCUUACCUAUUUUGGAUACAGUCAUGCAGUAGAUUGAUGAACGUUCUCCACGGUAGCAUUAAGUGAAACUACUACCUUUGAUUUUGCGUUAUCACUUGUGUUUUUUAUGUUAUGAUCAGUCCAUUGUGAAAGAAAACUCCAAAGACUUACAGCUUACUUAAUGCUGCUUCUUUUUAACAGUAAAUUACUAAUAGAACUUAUGUUUCAAGUAAUAAUAAAAGUGUGAAACGUUUUAGAUCUGUACUCUGUUAACACAAUGGAUGGAGCUCAUUAGCACAAUGUAUUGUCUUGGACUGUGAUAACUGUUUUGUUUUUGCUGUCUUACUGUAAAUAUACUUGUCAUGAAGUUUUUAAAAAUAAAAUAUG